AUGUGUAUAAGAGACAGCUAUUCGACCGCCCACGUCGAUUCCGGUUGUCUGUGCUACGGAACGGUCAACGAAACGUUCGUCCGCAAACUGCGCCUGCCGCGUAUUCCGAUCAGGCCGCGAACCCUGGACCAAAUCAGCACGUCGCUAUACGGUGCUAUCCGGGGUGUUACGUACGCCGACAUUGACAUCGAUGGGUACCGCAAGAAUCGAGUCUUCUUCUACAUCAUUCCCGGGCAGGAUGAUGAAGUCGUUCUCGGACGGACUUGGAUGAACCAGGAAGACGUGACGCUGUACCCCUCCAAGGGUUUACUGCACAUCGGCUCGCAGGACCAUUGGGUCAAAGAGAGAGAUCCCAACCGCACCGAGCGCUACGAAUUAUCCGGACAGUCAGCGGCAACGUUUGCGGGGCUUGUCCGGCGAGCAAGGAAGGAGAAUGAGAAGGAGGGGAAGCGGGAUCAGCGCGGACUGCGCGUCUUCUCGGCCAGCAUGGCAGACAUAGAGAAAGCGCUUGCGCCGAAAAAGAGGACCGAUGCCAGGGAGAGACUACCGACGCACUAUCACGAGUACUUGGCGGUCUUCGACCGCGACGAGGCGGAUCGCUUGCCUCCACACCGGCCAGGGUCCGACCAUCGGAUCGUCCUGGAGACAGACGCGAACGGGCGGGAAAAGGAUGCACCAUGGGGGCCGCUCUACGGCAUGUCGAGGGAGGAGCUGAUCGUCCUGCGCCGGACGCUUACCGAGCUGCUAGACAAGGGAUUUAUCCGCGCGAGCAGUUCGCCAGCGUCUGCACCCGUGCUCUUCGUCCGGAAGCCGGGGGGCGGGCUGCGCUUCUGCGUGGACUAUCGCGGGCUCAACGCCAUCACCAAGAAGGAUCGUUAUCCCCUGCCUCUGAUUGAGGAGACACUCCGGUCGCUGUCGAAGGCGAAGUGGCUGACGAAACUGGACGUCAUUGCCGCGUUCCACAAGGUGCGGGUUGUGGAGGGAGACGAAUGGAAGACGGCUUUCCGCACCCGAUACGGGCUCUACGAAUGGCUGGUGACGCCGUUUGGGCUGACGGGCGCGCCCGCCACCUUCCAGCGCUACAUCAACCACACGCUGCGCGAGUUUCUCGACGAGUUCUGUUCAGCGUACAUCGAUGACAUCCUCAUCUACUCGAGCGGAUCGCUGGCGGAUCAUCGGAAGAAGGUCAAGCAGGUGCUGGCAAGACUGCGUGACGCCGGCCUGCAGAUUGACAUUGAUAAGUGCGAGUUCGAGGCGACGAGCGUGAAGUACUUGGGCUUCAUCGUUGAAGCCGGAAAAGGCAUCCGGGUAGACCCGGAGAAGGUGCGGGCCAUUCAGGAAUGGGAGGCACCACGGUCGGCGAGGGCAGUCCGGAGCUUUCUGGGGUUUGCGAAUUACUACCGGCAAUUCAUCCCCAAAUUCUCCAAUAUAGCGUCGCCCAUGACAGUGCUUACAAAAAAAGAUGCCGCAUUCGCGUGGUCGAAGGAAUGCCAAGCCGCAUUCAACGAGCUCAAAGUGCGCCUCAUUAGCGCACCGGUACUGGCGCAAUGGGACCCGGACAGAGAAACAAUCGUCGAGACAGACUCGUCCGGGUAUGUCACGGGCGGUGCCCUCUCUCAGAAGGGAGACGACGGCCUCAUGCGACCGGUGGCCUUUUUCUCGAAGAAAUGCACGCCGGCCGAGUGCAACUACCCGAUCCACGACAAGGAGCUGCUGGCGAUCAUGCGAUGCUUGGAGCACUGGGACGCCGAGCUGAGGAGCGUCGAGUCCUUCACAGUUUUGACGGACCACCUGAACCUGCGCUACUUCACCAAGAAGCAACCGUUGAGCGAACGCCAGGCGCGGUGGGCGGAAAUGUUGUCGCGAUACAACUUCACAAUCGUGCAUCGGCCGGGAAAGGAUGCGGCGGUGCCAGAUGCGCUGUCGCGACGAGAGCAGGACAUGCCGCAUAGCGCCGAAGAUGAGCGUCUGCGAGGACGUCGCAUACAACUACUUGAGCCGGCCAAGGGGGGUGGCCUAGUAACCAGAGUAAAGAGUGGCUACAUCUCCAAAGGCGACACGGACCAGCCAGGAGAUGCCACGGCGGAGCAGGACGAGUCGGUCGAGAACCCGUUCACGGAGCCGGAGAUACAGGAACUAUGGAAGGAAGGCCUGAAGCAACACAACCGGUAUUGGCUUAUCAGGAAUGCAGUGCAGGAAGGCGAGAGACGGCUGCCGUCGCAAUGGGGCCUGCCGGUCAUGCUGUCGGAGUGCUCUAUCGACGAGGGCCAGCGGCUCUGCUGGCGAGAACGGAUCUGGGUGCCGAACCACGAGCCGCUGCGCACGCGGCUCAUGCAGGACACGCACGACUCGGCGCUCGCUGGGCAUCCGGGACGGGAUAUGCUCAAGUCCCUGCUGGCCAGGCGGUUCUACUGGCCGGGGCUCGACGCAGAUGCGCGCCAGUUCGUAAGGAACUGCGACGCGUGCGGCAGGAGCAAUGUCUGGAGGGAGAAGCGGCGCGGUCUCUUGAAGCCGCUGCCGGUGCCGGAGCGGAUCUGGUCGGAGCUGUCGAUUGACUUCGUGACGGAACUACCACCGACAAAAUCGAACGGGUCCACGAACAUGAUGGUGCUCACGGACCGACUUUCCAAGAGCGUCGUUUUGGAGUCGCUGAAGGACAUCACAGCGGGGACGACGGCGAGAGCGCUGAUGCGGAACGUGCUGCAGCACCACGGAAUCCCCGCGGCCAUCGUGACGGACCGGGGGACGCAGUUCACCAGCAGGAUGUGGAAGAGGCUGUGCGAACUGUUGCGCAUCAAACAGAGGUUGUCGACGGCAUGGCACCCGGAGACGGACGGAGCAACGGAGAGGGCUAACCAAGAGGUGGAGAGGUACAUACGGAUUUUCACAACGUACGCGCAGGAUGAUUGGGACGAGUUGCUGCCAGCGGCCGCAAUGGCCCUCAACAAUCGGACGGCAACAUCGACAGGACUAAGCCCGUUCUUCUUCACACAUGGCUACCACCUCGAGCCGGUGCAAGUCAAGGAGGCACUGCGACCGGACGGAAAGUCACCUGUGGCAAAGGCAGAAGGCAUCGUAAGACGAUUCCAGGAGGCAACGGAAUGGGCACAGGCCGCCAUGGCUUCGGCGCAGGAACGACAAGAGGACAAUGCGAACACGCGGAGGCAACCAUCGGACCAGUACAAGCCUGGAGACAAGGUAUGGCUACGUCUCCGUAACAUCCGAUCGAAGCGGCCAUCCAAGAAGCUCGACUGGCUCGCGGGUAAGUACACGGUUCUAGAGACGGUGGGAUCGCAUGCUUGUCGACUCGACACGCCGCCUGGGGUUCACAACGUCUUUCACGUAUCGCUCCUGCGGCUCGCGGCUGACGACCCGUUGCCGUCGCAGACGUCGGACGACUAUCGCCCGCCGGCGAUCCUCACGGACGACGGCGAGUUGUGGGAGGUGGAAGAGAUCUGCGGACACAAGAAGGUAGGACGAGAAUGGAAGGUAUUGGUCAAGUGGGUUGGCUGGGUAGGGCCAACAUGGGAACCUGUGCGAUUUCUGUCGGACACGACGGCAUUGGCACAGUAUGAGGCCAUGCAUGGGAAGAUUGAAUCGGCGGAGGCCCCUCGAAAGGGGAGGAGGAGAAGGGGAGUAUUGUAA